GCCGCGGCCGCCAGCGUCAGUCCCGACUCCCUGCAGCUGGAACUCGAGCCCCAGCACCAGCACACUCUCCCCCCGCGGACCAGGAGCAGCUCAGCCUCGGUGGAGCCGCCACAGCCAGCCAUCAUGUCGGACGCGGACAAGUUCCUGUACGGCGACCGCGGCGGCGUCAACAACCCGCUGGCGCAGGCCGACUGGUCGACCAAGAAGCUGGUCUGGAUCCCCAGCGAGAAGCUGGGCUUCGAGGCCGGAUCGCUGAAGGAGGAGAAGGGCGACGAGUGCGUGGUGGAGCUGACCGACUCGGGGAAGAAGGUGAAGGUGAACAAGGACGACAUCCAGAAGAUGAACCCGCCCAAGUUCAACAAGGUGGAGGACAUGGCGGAGCUCACCUGCCUGAACGAGGCGUCGGUGCUGCACAACCUGAAGGAGCGCUACUACUCCGGACUCAUCUACACGUACUCCGGCCUCUUCUGCGUCGUCAUCAACCCGUACAAGAACCUGCCCAUCUACAGCGAGGAGAUCGUCAACAUGUACAAGGGCAAGAAGAGGCACGAGAUGCCGCCGCACAUCUACGCCAUCACCGACACGGCGUACCGCAGCAUGAUGCAGGAUCGAGAGGACCAGUCCAUCCUCUGCACCGGCGAGUCCGGAGCUGGAAAGACGGAAAACACAAAGAAAGUCAUCCAGUAUCUCGCUCACGUGGCUUCGUCCUUCAAGUCCAAGAAAGACCAGGGCAGCGUGGUCUUGUCACAUGGGGAGCUGGAGAAGCAGCUGCUGCAGGCCAACCCCAUCCUGGAGGCCUUCGGCAACGCCAAGACCGUCAAGAACGACAACUCCUCCAGAUUCGGAAAAUUCAUCCGGAUCAACUUCGACGUCAACGGUUACAUCGUCGGUGCCAACAUCGAAACUUAUCUGCUGGAGAAGUCUCGCGCCAUCAGACAAGCCAAGGAGGAGCGGAGCUUCCACGUCUUCUACUACAUGCUGUCGGGGGCCGGAGACAAGCUGCGGGCUGAUCUGUGCCUGGAGGACUACAGCAAGUACCGGUUCCUGUCCAACGGGAAGGUGACGGUCCCGGGACAGCAGGACGAGGACAUGUUCACCGAGACCAUGGAGGCCUUCAGGAUCAUGAGCAUCCCGGAGGAGGAGUCCGUGGGUCUGCUGAAGGUUGUGUCGGCCGUGCUGCAGCUGGGGAACAUGACCUUCAAGAAGGAGCGCCACACCGACCAGGCGUCCAUGCCUGACGACACGGCCGCCCAGAAGGUCUGCCACCUGCUGGGCAUCAACGUGACGGACUUCAGCCGAGCCAUCCUGUCUCCCAGGAUCAAGGUCGGCCGCGACUACGUGCAGAAGGCCCAGACCCAGGAGCAGGCGGAGUUCGCGGUGGAGGCGCUGGCCAAGGCGUCCUACGAGAGGAUGUUCCGUUGGCUGGUCAUGAGGAUCAACAAGGCGCUGGACAAGACCAAGCGGCAGGGCGCCUCCUUCAUCGGCAUCCUGGACAUCGCUGGCUUCGAGAUCUUUGAGCUGAACUCGUUUGAGCAGCUGUGCAUCAACUACACCAACGAGAAGCUGCAGCAGCUCUUCAACCACACCAUGUUCAUCCUGGAGCAGGAGGAGUACCAGCGGGAGGGCAUCGAGUGGAGCUUCAUCGACUUCGGCCUGGACCUGCAGCCCUGCAUCGACCUGAUCGAGAGGCCGGCCGGGCCACCGGGCAUCCUGGCCCUGCUGGACGAGGAGUGCUGGUUCCCCAAGGCCACGGACAAGUCCUUCGUGGAGAAGGUGGCCCAGGAGCAAGGCAGCCACCCCAAGUUCCAGAGGCCCAAGAAGCUGAAGGACGACGCCGACUUCAGCAUCAUGCACUACGCCGGGAAGGUGGACUACAAGGCGGACGAGUGGCUGAUGAAGAACAUGGACCCGCUGAACGAGUGCGUGGCCACGCUGCUGAACCAGUCCACGGACAAGUUCACCGGCGACCUGUGGCGGGACGUGGACCGCAUCGUGGGCCUGGACAAGGUGGCAGGGAUGUCGGACUCGGUCCACGGCGCCUUCAAGACCCGGAAGGGCAUGUUCCGCACGGUGGGCCAGCUGUACAAGGAGCAGCUGGGGAACCUGAUGGCCACCCUGAGGAACACCAACCCCAACUUCGUCCGCUGCAUCAUCCCCAACCACGAGAAGAAGGCCGGUAAGCUGGAGCCUCACCUGGUCCUGGACCAGCUCAGGUGUAACGGGGUCCUGGAGGGGAUCCGCAUCUGCAGGCAGGGCUUCCCCAACCGCAUCGUCUUCCAGGAGUUCAGGCAGAGGUACGAGAUCCUGACGCCCAGCGCCAUCCCCAAGGGCUUCAUGGACGGGAAGCAGGCCUGCGUGCUCAUGAUCAAAGCCCUGGAACUGGACUCCAACCUGUACCGGAUCGGCCAGAGCAAGGUGUUCUUUCGGGCCGGCGUCCUGGCCCACCUGGAGGAAGAGCGGGACAUGAAGAUCACCGACGUCAUCAUCAGCUUCCAGGCCUGGUGCCGCGGAUACGUGGCCCGCAAAGCCUUCACCAAGAGGCAGCAGCAGCUGACGGCCAUGAAGGUGAUCCAGAGGAACUGCGCCGCCUACCUGAAGCUGAGGAACUGGCAGUGGUGGCGGCUCUUCACCAAGGUGAAGCCGCUGCUGCAGGUGACCCGGCAGGAGGAGGAGAUGCUGGCCAAGGAGGACGAGCUGGUGAAGGUGAAGGAGAGGCAGGUGCAGGCCGAGGAGCAGCUCAAGGAGUUCGAGUCCAAGAGCCAGCAGCUCAACGCGGAGAAGCUGGCCCUGCAGGAGCAGCUGCAGGCGGAGACGGAGCUGUGCGCCGAGGCCGAGGAGAUGCGGGCCCGUCUGGCCACCAGGAAGCAGGAGCUGGAGGAGAUGCUGCAGGACUCGGAGUCCCGGCUGGAGGAGGAGGAGGAGCGCGUGGCCCAGCUGCACAACGAGAGGAAGAAGAUGCAGCAGAACAUCACGGAGCUGGAGCAGCAGCUGGACGAGGAGGAAGGGGCCCGGCAGAAGCUGCAGAUGGAGAAAGUCACCACCGACGCCAAGAUGAAGAAGAUGGAGGAGGACGUGAUGGUGCUGGACGACCAGAACGUGAAGCUCAACAAGGAGAAGAAGCUGCUGGAGGAGAGGAUGUCGGAGUUCACCACCAACCUGGCCGAGGAGGAGGAGAAGUCCAAGAGUUUGCAGAAGCUGAAGAACAAACACGAGGCCAUGAUCACGGAUCUGGAAGAUCGCCUGAGACGAGAGGAGAAGUCUCGCCAGGAGCUGGACAAGAACCGGCGUAAGCUGGAGGGAGACUCCACGGAUCUCCACGACCAGAUCGCUGACCUGCAGGCCCAGAUCGCCGAGCUGAGAGCUCAGCUGGCCAAGAAGGAGGAGGAGCUCCUGGCUGCGCUGGCCAGGAUCGAGGAGGAGGCCGCGGCGAAGAACACGGCCCAGAAGAAGAUCCGGGAGCUGGAGGCUCAGAUCUCUGAGCUGCAGGAGGACCUGGAGCUGGAGCGCCAGGCCCGGUCCAAGGCGGAGAAGCAGCGCCGGGACCUGGGCGAGGAGCUGGAGGCGCUGAAGACGGAGCUGGAGGACACGCUGGACACGACCGCCGCGCAGCAGGAGCUCAGGUCCAAGCGGGAGACGGAGGUGGCCCAGCUGAAGAGGUCUCUGGAGGACGAGGCCAAGACCCACGAGCAGCAGACGGCCGACAUGCGGCAGAAGCACAACCAGGCGUUCGAGGAGCUGAACGAGCAGCUGGAGCAGGCCAAGCGGAACAAGGUGUCGGUGGAGAAGGCCAAGCAGGCGCUGGACAGCGAGCUGAACGAGCUGCAGAUCGAGAUGCAGACGCUGACUCAGGGGAAGGGAGACUCGGAGCACCGCCGCAAGAAGGCGGAGGCGCAGGUGCAGGAGCUGCAGGUGAAGUCGGCCGAGAGCGAGCGGCAGAGGAAGGAGCUCAGCGACCGGAUGACCAAGAUGCAGGCCGAGCUGGACAACGUCAACUCCCUCCUGAGCGAGACGGAGAGCAAAGGCAUCAAAACCUGCAAAGACCUCAGUUCUGUGGAGUCGCAGCUGCAGGACGCUCAGGAGCUGCUCCAGGAGGAGACCCGGCAGAAGCUUUCCCUCUCCACCCGCCUCCGGCAGCUGGAGGAGGAGCAGAACAACCUGCGGGAGAAUCUGGAGGAGGAGGAGGAGAGCAAGAGGACGGUGGAGAAGCAGAUGGUGGCGCUGCAGGCCCAGCUGGCAGAGAUGAAGAAGAAGGUGGAGCUGGAGGCGUCGUCGCUGGAGGGGGCGGAGGAGGGCAGGAAGAAGGUGCAGCGGGAGCUGGACGGCAUCACGCAGCAGCUGGAGGAGAAGUCGGCCGCCUACGACAAGCUGGACAAGACCAAGACCCGUCUGCAGCAGGAGCUGGACGACCUGCUGGUGGACCAGGACCAGCUCCGGCAGAUCGUGUCCAACCUGGAGAGGAAGCAGAAGAAGUUUGAUCAGAUGCUGUCGGAGGAGAAGACCAUCUCCACCCAGUACGCCGAGGAGCGCGACAGGGCGGAGGCCGAGGCCCGGGAGAAGGAGACGCGGGCGCUGACUCUGGCCCGCGAGCUGGAGACCAUGACGGGCCUGAAGGACGAGCUGGACCGCUCCAACAAGCUGCUGAAGGCCGAGAUGGAGGACCUGGUGUCCUCCAAGGACGACGUCGGCAAGAACGUCCACGAGCUGGAGCGGUCCAAGCGCCUGACUGAGCAGCAGCUGGAGGAGAUGAAGACGCAGCUGGAGGAGCUGGAGGACGAGCUGCAGCUCACCGAAGACGCCAAGCUGCGUCUGGAGGUCAACAUGCAGGCCAUGAAGGCCCAGUUCGACCGGGACCUGGCGGCCCGGGACGAGCAGGGCGAGGAGCGCCGUAAGCAGCUGGUCAAGCAGGUGCGGGAGAUGGAGCUGGAGCUGGAGGACGAGCGCCGGCAGCGAUCCCAGGCUCUGUCCUCCAGGAAGAAGCUGGAGCUGGACCUGGUGGACCUGGAGGCCCAAAUCGACCUGGCCAACAAGGGCCGCGACGAGGCCAUCAAGCAGCUGAAGAAGAUCCAGGCCCACAUGAAGGAGCUGAUGAGGGAGCUGGACGAGCUCCGAGCGUCCAGGGACGAAGCCGUCAACGACGCCAAGGAGGCGGAGAAGAAGCUGAAGACCCUGGAGGCCGACGCCCUGCAGUUCCAGGAGGAUCUGGCCACGGCGGAGCGGCUUAAGCGGCAGGUUCAGAGCGAGAGGGACGAGCUGCAGGAGGAGAUCACCAGCUGCAACAGCAAGAACUCCCUGCUGGCGGAUGAGAAGCGGCGGCUGGAGGCCCGGAUCGCCCAGCUGGAGGAAGAGCUGGAGGAGGAGCAGCUGAACACGGAGAUGGUGAACGACCGGCUGAAGAGAACCACGCUGCAGACGGACCAGCUGACCACGGAGCUGUCGGCGGAGCGCAGCACCUCCCAGCGGCUGGAGGGAACCCGGUCCCAGCUGGACCGGCAGAACAAGGAGCUGAAGCUGAAGCUGCAGGACCUGGAGGGAGCAAUCAAGUCCAAGUACAAGUCGUCCAUCGCCACCCUGGAGGCCAAGAUCAUGCAGCUGGAGGAGCAGCUGGACCUGGAGUCCAAGGAGCGCCAGCAGGCGUCCCGGCAGAACCGCCGCACCGAGAAGAAGCUGAAGGAGGCGCUGCUGCAGAUCGAGGACGAGCGGCGCAACACAGACCAGUACAAGGACCAGGCCGACAAGACCAACAGCCGGAUGCGUCAGCUGAAGCGUCAGCUGGAGGAGACGGAGGAGGAGCUGACCAGAGCAAACGUCUACCGCAGGAAACUGCAGAGAGACCUGGACGACGCCACGGAGUCGGCCGACGUCAUGAACCGAGAAGUCAGCACGCUGAAGAGCAAGCUCAGACGCGGAGACCUGCCCUUCAACAUCCGGCGCUCCACCAACCGCAGCGGCGUGGAGAGCGACGAGGACGUGGACGCGCCGCCCGAGACGCCCGAAGGCGCCGCCGAGUGACGAGCCCGGAGCCAAACGCCUCGACGACGUCCGUCGUCAAGGCAACGCUCCUCCUCCUCUCUCCCACGUAUUUCAGUCGUCUUUGGCCAAACAAUCUUGCAUCAUCUCAGAGAACAAAAGCAGUAUUUUACUACCAAAGUCUCGACUAUUUUUCUACUCUAGAUAUUCUGUAUUUUAUCGUCAGAUAUUCUGCUUCUAGCGAGCCGUCCAGGUUCAGGUCGAUGUGCCGGACUUCCAGGGGCGGAGGAAACAUCGUCUUGAUCCUUUUUUUUUUUUUUUUUUUCUUUCGCUUUGCUUUUUUUGCACACAGAUGAAUUUUUGAGAGUUUUGCUGCAGUUUGUCGGACUGCAUCUUUACCGUUUCUCCCUCGGUGUGUCAUCACCUCGAUCCUGAUCAUAUAAGGUCAAAGUGCACAUGGAGGAGUGUUUUACUCACUGUGGCCAUACUGAAACUGUUACAACGGGUGCUGUAUUCCCUUUAGGGCUUCUACCUUCUACUAAGGGUGAUGGGUUGUCUUCUAGUAGCUCACUGCACCAUGAUGCAUUGUUUUCUCCCCCCUUAGCGGGUUUCUGAACGCACAUUAGUCUUUAAAUGCAGGAUAUUUUAGUAUUGUGUCAUAACCACUGUAUAACCAAAUUACAUGUUACUGAUGCCAAGAUUGUAAGGCUGUUCUAUAUUUCAUAAAAUGCCUUAAUGCAAUAAAGUGAUGAAUUAUUAAAUAUCAAA